ACGACCUCAAUGAGAGUCAAUGGGAGGAGUGCCGGACUACAAUCCUGGUGCGGUGGCGGUCAAUGAGGGACCGCUAUAAGAAGGACUACAACGAGGAGGUCAAGCGCCCGAGUGGUUCAGGAGGAAGCCAAAAGCGGCCGUACCGUUAUGCGGCCGCAUUAGGUUUUCUUAGGAGAACCCUACAGCUGCGAAGCACAUCUAGCAGUACUCGGGCGCAACAAGCUCCUCGUGAAGUCCUUCCAGAGUCCGGAGCUCAAGAGGCGGUCCCCGAAGAGCCGCCCACCGCGGGUCCCUCACGUCCUACUCCAACAGCUGGUCGGGACCUCAAUGUUCCCCUACCUGUGCCCUCUGGCGACGCAACAAUGGCCACAAUGGCACCACUUUUUGAGGCAUUGAUGCGUCGCCAGAGGACCGGUAGGAGCCGUCAGGCGGACUACGAGGAUCUCACAAGGCUCGUUUACGAGUCCUUGAUGGGAUAUACCAAUAGGAUUGCCGCUUUGGAGGAACAAGUGCGACGUCUGCAGGAGGGGGCGGUGCAUACGUCGCAAUUGGGUCCUGUGCAUCACUAUUGGUAUUCGUUGCUCCCCGUGAUGGAACGAUUUACGCCCGACCAGUUGUUUGAGGCCCGAAGACAGGUGGACAGUGUCUUGUGGCAAAUGUUAUUGGAUGCACCCAAUAGCGACGCUUUCUACGCUGUCUGUCUCGAAGACGUCUUCUCCAGCGCGAAACCAGAAUUAGAGCCUGGAAUCCAAAACUAA